CCGCGGACUCGAUUUAGUUCAGUGAACCCACGGAGAGUGCCGACGGAAAUAUAUAUAUAUAUAUAUAUACGAUACCUUGACUGAGAGAGCAACGGGAAUGGACAGACUUGGACUCUGGAGUUGUCUUCAGGACCCUGUGCAUCAUAAGCGCGCUGUAGGGUAGUUAGUGUUCUUGAUAAACAUGAUAGGAUCCUCUGUUUAUCUCUCUAUUAUCAAUUUCCCCUCCUCUGCCAAGGACCACAAAUUUCAUCAAAAUACUUCACCUUUCCGCUCCGGAUUUGCAUUCACCCAAAUCUGAUCGAUAGCAAAGUCAAUAGAGACGUCAAGAUCAAAAGAGCGACCUCCAGGAUGCGGGACUCCCCCCCGUCUGGGCAUUCUCCCGCCCUCAACGCGGAACCCCAUCAUACUGAUCGAAAAUGGACGGCCAAAGCUCUGAUCCGCCAUGCUGAGCGCUCUCACAGCCGACUACCUGGGAUUCGAAAGAUUCCCCUACCGUCCAUUGGCAUUAUCUUGCUUGUUGCAUUGGUUAAUGUGCUUGUGUGGAUAGCGGUUGCUAUUGUUCUGCGUUACCAUCCUUCGCUGGUAUCCAAUGCUGUCCUCUCAUACACCCUCGGGUUGAGACAUGCCUUUGAUGCGGAUCAUAUCUCGGCUAUCGAUUUGAUGACUCGGAGACUUCUGGCUACGGGCCAACGACCCGUUACGGUGGGAACAUUUUUCUCCUUGGGACACUCAACCAUUGUCAUCAUCACUUCCAUUGUCGUCGCAGCCACGGCAGCGGCCGUGUCAUCCCGGUUUGACAAGUUCAGCACCGUUGGUGGAAUAAUUGGAACAUCUGUCAGCGCUGCUUUCCUGAUCCUCCUCGGCAUCAUGAAUGCGUACAUCUUGUCCAAGCUGUACAAACAAAUGCAGAAAGUUUUGGAUCUUCCAGAAGGCCAGGAGGACGAGGCGUGGAAGAUAGAGGGUGGCGGGUUCUUGUUUUCCGUGCUUAAGCGCAUGUUCAAGUUGAUUAAUCGGCCCUGGAAGAUGUACCCACUUGGAAUUUUGUUCGGACUUGGCUUCGAUACCUCUUCGGAAAUUGCCCUGCUUGGAAUCUCAUCUAUCGAGGCGGCAAAAGGCACCUCAUUCUGGGUGAUUCUCAUCUUUCCCAUAUUAUUUACGGCCGGUAUGUGUCUCCUAGACACCACGGACGGCGCUCUCAUGCUCGCCCUCUACGUUCAGCCAGCAACCAACUUCCUCCCCCCCCCCAAACAAGACAGGAGGACCUCUUCCUCCGAUGAACCCCUGAUCGACGAAGACCAAGAAAUCGAACCCUCCCAAAACCACCGGGACCCCGUUGCCUUCCUGUAUUACUCCAUCGUCCUAACCUGCCUAACAGUCGUCGUCGCCAUCAUCAUCGGAGUCAUCCAGCUCCUGACGCUGGUUUUGAACGUCGCCAAGCCAACCGGCCGGUUCUGGGAUGGAGUCCAAACUGCCGGCGACUAUUACGAUGUCAUUGGUGGAGGGAUCUGCGGUGUGUUCGUAUAUAAGCCGUGGAGAAGAUGGAUUGCCCGACGACACAAGAAACCUGUGGCCCCUGUGAGCGAUGAAGAGGCAUACCGUCGUGAAACCGUUCCACGGGUGGAGCCACCCCCCAUCCUGGAUGAAAAAUUCACUCUCUCAUCUUGUCCGCCUAUCUUCGUUCUCCCGACGCAUCUUACCCUAGAUGCGCUGCAUGAAGUUGAGGAAAAACUUGUCAAAUGGGGUGCGCGCCUGACGUACGAUGUGUUUGAGGCGACGCUCAUUCUCGGCAAAAUUAGCCAGAAAAAGCGAGCGAUGCUUGAAUUGCGCUCCCGCGGCCUGUGGACUGAGGAGGCGAGUGAGCCUUCAUCUCAGCCGGCCGCAAAGCGAAGGCGAAUCCAGGAAGGUGAAGAGCAAAUCGACCUCAGUACCGAGGAUGAGAGCGAAGAGGAUGGAGGACGAGGACGUCGAGCUCCUGCUGCGCAUUUAAAACCCUCCGCAGCCUUCCUCUCCACGCGGGUCGAGGAGCGCGAGAGUUCAUUGGACACUAUGAGCCAAGAAGAUUUGAUUAGGGUUGUUAGACUCGAAUGGCUUGAUCGAUGCAUUGAAGCACAGGAAAUCCUCCUCCCGCUUGACCUGUUUGUGGUGUACUGUGCGCGUAAGAUCGAGCGCCCUGAUACCAAGACCUCAACUACCAGCCCUAACUCAAAGGGUAUACUGGAACGGGCCAAGCAGGACGCAGCAUUUAUAGCACCCUUGUCUCCCUUUGCAAGGCACCGACCGCACCACGGGGGACCUUCUGCCAGCGAACACUCCCCAACACUAUGCCCGCAAACAAGCUCGGAGAACGAAGAAGCAACAGCUCCGCUCCCUGAUGCUCCAGACUGGGUCCACAACCAUGUCCUAUACGCCUGUUUACGCUCUUCUCCCCUUCACCCUCCAAACGAAGACUUCAUCGAAGAACUCAUCAAAAUUCGCACCAUCCGCGAACUAAAUCUCGACGCCAUCGGCGUCCGCGCCUACAGCACGGCCAUCGCCUCUAUAGCAGCCUACCCGCAUAAACUCCACACGGCAUCGCAAGUCCUUGCCCUCCCAGGAUGCGACCAUAAAAUCGCCAACCUCUUCAAUGAAUUCCAACACUUACCAAAAGGCUCUCCGCUUUCCGCUGCCGCGCCUCUAACUAGAGACCCGGACCUGCGCACGCUCCACGCAUUCUCCGACGUCUGGGGCAUUGGGCCCAAAACCGCCCGCGACUUCUACUACUCCCGUCACUGGCAUGACCUCGACGACAUCAUCGAGUACGGGUGGUCCUCUCUCUCUCGCGCCCAGCAAAUUGGUCUCAAAUACUCCGAGGAGUUUCUUCUUCCGAUUCCACGCAGAGAGGCAGAGCAGAUCGCCAAUGUCAUCCACAAACACGCGAAUCGCGUCCGUCCCGCCGCCGCCGCAGCUGCUGAGACCGGCAACCCCGAGGGUGGAGUCCAAUGUAUCCUCGUCGGCAGCUACCGGCGCGGCAAGCCCGAAAGCCAUGACGUCGACUUGAUCCUCACGCACCGCGACGAGGCAGUCACGAAGAACCUGAUCGUUGACGUGGUGCGCAGCCUCGAAGCCUCAGAAUGGAUCACGCAUACGUUAUCGGUACAUUUGACCACAUCCUCCCGAAGUCAGCAGACCCUACCAUAUCGAGGCGAAUUAGCCACGGAUUCCCCGCAUUUCGAUACCCUCGACAAAGCCCUGGUUGUAUGGCAGGAUCCGCACUUUUGUCCUAGCCCUAGUCCUAGUCCUAGUCCUGAAACCGAAAAAGAUAACCAAAAACAUAAGAAGAAGGACCAGAAGAAGAAGAAGAAGAAUCCAAACCCCCACCGCCGCGUCGACAUCAUCAUCUCCCCCUGGCACACAAUCGGAUGCGCCGUGCUCGGCUGGACAGGCGACACCACCUUCCAACGGGAUCUAAGACGGUACGUGAAGAAGACGUCCGGGUGGAAGUUUGAUUCCAGCGGAGUGCGCGAGCGCACAACCGGGGGCCAGGUACUUGAUUUAGAAUCUAGCGGGGGGACAUGGCAGGAGAGAGAGAGGUUAGUUAUGGAGGGAUUGGGGAUUGGUUGGAGGGACCCGGGGGCGAGAUGUACUCGGUGAUUCUUCUUUUUCUUUUCUUCUUUUCUUCUUUCCUUUAUUAGGCAGUCUGUACUCAUACUGUACAAUCAUCACAUAUAUAUAUAUAUAUAUAUAUAUAUAUUUAGUUCUUGUUUAUACACAUACAU